AUGGCCCCGAUCGGGGCUGCUCUCCCUCGGCAGAUGCUGCUGGGAACCACCUGGGUGCUGCUGGCAGAGCCCCCGCUGCUGCCGUUCCCUCCAGCUCUGCAAGCAGCAGGACCCGUCCACAGAGCUGUGGGAUCCUCGGUGCUGCUCCCUGGGCUGGAGAACAUCACCCACAGCCAUUCCACACGCUGGGAGUUCCUGAAUGGCAGCGGCCCCCACCCCAUCCUGCAGCACCACGGGGGGGUCCUGCCCCCAGCCAUCCACGCUGCCUACGCAGGACGAGCCCUUUUCCAUCCAUCCAACGGAUCUCUCCUGCUGCAGGAUGUCCAGGAAAGUGACAGUGGCACCUACAGGGUGACAGGAGACAGGGAGAGCCUGGAAAUCCAGCUGGAAGUGCUCUACCCCGUGUCCCGCCCUCAGCUCUGGGCCAGCAGCCUCGUGGCCGGGGCCACUGGCCGGCUGGUGUGCGAGGUGGCAGAGGGCAGAGUGGACAGCAUCAGCUGGAGGAAGGAUGGGCAGCCCCUGGCCCCGGGCAGGGUCUCCUGGCUGUCCAGCAGCAGCAGCGUUCUGCACCUGAGCCCAGCCACGAGGUCGGACUGCGGCUCCUACUCCUGCAACGCCAGCAACGGCAUCGGCUGGCAGGAAAGCUCCCUGGAGGUCGCCAUCGAAGGUCUCUCCCGUCGCUUGAAGCACACCCUGAGGAUGGCAGUGGUCGCUGUGGUCUUCGCUGUCGUCUCGGCGUGGGGGUUAAUUAUUCCUGUCUGCCAGUCCCAAAAGCUCAGGAUAAGGGGGGAGCUCUGGAGGUGGCUGAGCUGCUACACCUGCGGGCUGGUGUGCAUCGCCUGCGUCCUGGACGGCGCCGCCGGCGUCCUCUGGAUGUGGGAGGAAGGUGUGACCCCCACGUGUGACCCCCACGUGUGA